GCUAUUUCGACUGGGUGCAAUCAUGAAUAGCACGAUACGACUAAUAGCUGAUACUGGGGCAGACAUGGAACCGGGCUUGCUGGCAAAGAUGGGAAUUUUCGUGUCCUGAAUUAAGGUCCUCAUCCUCGCCAAUGAAGCGACUGUUAUAUCCAUUGACACCAAAGCGCCAUCGCUUCUAUUCGCAUCAUCAACUGUCCUAUGUACUUGCUUCAACAUGAAAUAUGGAUAGACGCUCCUCGCGUCUUGUGUUUGUCAUCUUCGCUUUUCCAGAUGCAAACUGAUCUAACAUUUUCUCAAAUAUCAAACGAACCAAGCAAACACGAUGAUGAUUCACUGGACAGGUUGCCCCGUAACCAUAGGAAGCCUGAAGACAUGAAGUCGACUUUAUUUUCUCACUGCUCAUUAUUUCCUUCUUUUGACGUUUCAUCACUGUGUGACGCAACAUUGCUAAACCCUGGGUCGGCGGUCAACAUCAAGGUAUCAUUAUCACCAAAACAAGAGUCAUUCGAAGUACACACGUUUUGUUGCUUGAAUUGCAAGAGAUUCGUCAUUUUCUUGUUGGAGUCACUUGCAAGCGUUUCGCAUCUGGCAUUUGCGAAUACAGAAACGACAACAAAACACAUUGUCCAAUGGCAUACUUCCAGAAUGGUUGACUACGGGUACGACAGAAUGAUUCAUUCUCAAGGCGCAAGUCAUUACAGGGAGGAAAUGACCAUAUAUCAGUCGGUGGAGGAUGCAGAUAUCAAACACGCUUUCGAAUCAAAUCUCAAUCAAGAUAUUCAAAGCACAAUUACGCCGAGCAAUCAGUUUACCCCUGACGAGAUAUCUUUCCGCUCUAAUUCCUUGGAGUCGUAUUAUGCGUCACCAUAUUCAUCUAUACCUGAAUCUCCUGCAAGCGUCGGCUCACCCAUAUAUGAGUGCGGGAUAGCAUGCAUCUCCCAGGACUACCUACCGCCCUUUGAUGCUUUCAUUUCAAGAUCAGAUAGUCCAGCUGGUGAGACCAUUUGUCUGGAACCUUCUCGGGGUUGCUAUUCGCCCCACGUUCAAGAGAUUGACGAGUUCUUGGAUCUUUCGGAAACAAGCGAUAUGUCUACAAAUUGCAUAUCUACGGAGGGUGUUCCUGGUCUCUGCGUUGAAGAUGCAUCGUUCACAUUGGCUUCGUACGUACCGGUGCAGGCCCGUCCUCUUAUUUCAUAUACGGAACAUCAACGAGCAAUCUACCCGGAAUACGUUCAGUACUCGCACGAGCCAAUUCAAUUCGAUAUAAAUGAGACAGCUGGGCCGGUGAAUUCGGAUUUUGCCUGUGAGCAGAGAGAUAACAGUGUCUGCCAUGAUCUUAUAGAUGCGGAUGAACUUUACAUGUCUUUGGAGGCUCUGGAUGAGAGCAAUUAUUUCCAUUAUCCAUAAGCCAUAGUUACUCAUUAAUUUGCUAAGCAAUAUCAAUCAUCAUAAACGA